GGCUUGACAUUGGGCCAAUUCACUCCAGACGUCGACCUCUUGAUAUAGAAUCUACCGCUGUUUAUAUCUUGGGUGAGUUUCAUACUUCUUUUCAAGCUUCUGCUUUUCACACAGUACUCAUUUCCAUUUUUUAUCUGCUGUACGAGUGAUAAUUGAAAAUUUACCUCUCAACUCUGCAACUUAUCACCACAUCCAAUACGCAAACUAAACUCAAUCGGGAGAUAGCCUUUCCGGAAGAAGUUUGAGAUACGUUCAAGCACGAACGACAUCGACCUUCAAAACUCCCAACCACUGUUUCCGGAGGCUCUCGCCGUGGCGAGAAGAUCAAUCGAAUUGUGGUGAUUAAUUCGAUAUACAGCAUACAUCAUGUUUCAACCCAGGAUACUUGCGCGACAAUGUCCAAGGGCAACAUGCAAUUCUCUACCCAUACUUCGAGCCUUCCCUCGCACAUACGCAACGGUCGUCGAGCCCGUGCAAGCCGAAGUCCCUGCAGCGCAAGCUGCAACAGCAGGCUUUGCACCCCCUGUGUCUUCCUCAGAUAGCAGCAGUGCUACUUUUGCUAUGCGAACAUACAAACCAAGAACGCCUGGUGUCAGACAUUUAAAGAGACCUAUAAACGAUCAUCUGUGGAAAGGAAGACCAUUUUUACCUUUGACUUUCGCAAAGAAAGGUCAUGGAAAGGGUGGAAGAAACAAUAGUGGUCGAGUUACAGUUAGACACCGAGGUGGUGGUCAUAAGAGAAGAAUUCGUACUGUCGACUUUCAUCGAAUGACACCGGGUGUACACACAGUAGAACGUAUUGAACACGAUCCAGGAAGGAGUGCACAUAUUGCAUUACUGAAUGAGGAAGCUACUGGUAGGAAGAGUUAUAUUGUUGCCGCAGAGGGCAUGAGAGCUGGAGAUAAAGUACAGAGUUAUCGAGCCGGUAUCCCAAGAGAUUUAUUGGAGAGUAUGGGAGGUUUCGUAGACCCUGGUGUGUUGGCUGCAAAGACUGCGUGGAGAGGAAACUGUUUACCACUACACAUGAUUCCCAUCGGUACAACUGUCUACAAUGUUGGGUCCGCAAAAGGAAGAGGUGCUGUCUUCUGUAGAAGUGCGGGAACACAUGCAGUUGUGGUAUCUAAAGAUGACGAGACAUCUAACAAAGACAAGGGACCAAGAUUUGUCACGGUACGAUUGCAGAGUGGCGAGGUGAGAAAGGUUAGUAUGCACGCAUGUGCAACUGUAGGCAUUGCUAGCAAUCCUCAUCAUCAACAUCGACAACUUGGUAAAGCAGGUCGUUCAAGAUGGUUGAACAUUAGACCAACAGUCAGAGGUCUUGCUAUGAACGCUGCCGACCAUCCACACGGAGGAGGAAGAGGUAAAUCGAAGGGUAACGUCGACCCAGUCAGUCCAUGGGGCAUGCCGGCCAAAGGAGGAUAUAAGACUAGAAAGGUUCGCAAGCCCAAUAAGUGGGUAGUCACUCCACGUGAAAGAAAUCACGGAAAGAGAAGAACAAAGUAGAGAUUCGAUUAUCAUGAUAUACCUUGCAUUGGCGCUGUACAUGUAGGCUGUAGCUGUAAGCUUUCCGUCUUGUAUACAGACGUAUUCUUUAUACAUCAUGUGCAAUAUCAAGUACCGAAUAAAGAUAUGCCUAUUGACACCCCA